UUGAGGAGGAGAAGAGACCGUUAUUCUCUCCUGAGAGCGAAGAGAAGCGAAAAUGCUUUUUUGUUUUCUGGACUUCUUGGAGCGAGUUUGUGUGGACGAUAUUUUAAGGCGGCGCGUUUAAGACGCGGCAGUUUCGUUAUUACCUGCACCACCAAAACAUCUUUUGUCUCCUGGCUUCUCUCCAUCGAGGUUUAAGAUGAGGAUUAUAACGUGCUUCCUCCUGAUCCUGACCGCCACUUUUAACUCGCAGGUGACAGCUGGGUGUCCGAGGGUGUGUGAGUGCCCCCUGGAGCGCCCCGUGUGCCUGCCGGGUGUAAGUUUGGUGCCUGAUGGGUGUGGGUGCUGUAAGGUGUGUGCCGCCCAGCUCAACCAGGACUGUCACGAGGGCCGACCAUGUGACCACCAUAAAGGGCUGGAGUGUAACUAUGGCAACGAUGUGGGCAGUACCCACGGAAUCUGCAGGGCCAAACUGGAGGGCCGCUCCUGUGAGUACAACGGUCGCAUGUAUCAGAAUGGUGAGAAUUUCCGUGCCGGCUGUAAGCACCAGUGCACGUGCAUCGAUGGGGCAGUGGGAUGUGUACCCCUCUGCCCCAGCGAUGUUCCGCUAGCCUCGCCUUCCUGCCCCUCACCCAGGCUGGUGAAGGUACCCGGACAGUGCUGCCUGAGUGUGGACUGCCACCGUGGCUCCUCAGUGCUGCCCCCUGUCUUCAAACACCCACAACCACCCCCAUACAUCUAUCCUCACCUCCAGCCCUACCCUAAGCUGUACCCUAAACUUUACCCUAAACACCCUCGCCGGCCAGACGACACCCUGAGCAACGAGCUGGUGGAGGAGGGCAGGAAGUGGGAGAAGCCACACAGUCACAAACACCUGGCAGCCUGGAAGAAAGUGGGAAGGCAGUGCGUCGCCCAGACUACCAGCUGGACACCUUGCUCUCGGAGCUGUGGCAUGGGGGUGUCCUCUCGUGUCACCAACGAGAACUCUCAGUGCAAGCUGGUGAAGGAGACUCGCCUUUGCACCAUCAGACCCUGUAACUCCAUGGCUGUGCCUAUAAAGAAAGGACGGAAAUGUUCCCGUACCCAGAAGUCUCCAGAGCCCCUGCGCCUUCAUUAUGCAGGCUGCCGCAGUUCGCGCCUCUACCGACCCAACUACUGUGGUGUGUGCCGGGAUGGCCGCUGCUGCUCCCCACGCCGCACCCGGACUGCCUCUGUGUCUUUCACCUGCCUGGAUGGCGAGAACUUCGAGAGAGCUGUCAUGUUCAUCCAGUCCUGCAAGUGCAGUGACCAGUGCAGCCACCUGAAUGAGGCCUCCCUGCCUCCCCAGCAUUGGCUCUACGGUGACACGCACAAGUUCAUUGACUAGUGCGGCUAAUCGAAGGACCCCAUUCCCAUUUCCCCCGAAGCCAAUGCCCACUAGAAUAGUGUUAUCAAAUGUAACUCUGAGUAGAUGCUAGACCAAGGGCCUUCGUUUGUAAAAACCUAAGAGAAGGUCUCAGUUGGAGAACAAGGAAGAAGCAUAGAGUAGAUCCUGAUGACGAUUGCUGGUUGUGGACUAGCUCUUGAGUGCUGGCUGUACAGCAACGCAGAGUUCUGUCAACAAGUGCCGCCACUUCUAAAACACCUCGUCCUCCCCUUUCCCUGCAAAACUCAAUCCCCACUAGAGUACUAUUUUCAAAUGUAAGCCUGGGUAAACGCCAGCCCAAAAGCCUAGUAUUACCUUAAUUCUUAAAACCCAACACAACAAGUGAAAGAAGUGUCAGGUGGCAGCUAUCAGGCCUUCAAAUGUAUUUACAAAGGGUAUAAACUUACAAGGUUUACCAACAAGGAGACAGAAAGUAGAAAGCAGGUUUACAUUGACUUCUACUUAAACAUGUGCAACUCAUGGACAUGAGCAAACUCCAAGACUCCCUAAUGAAUGGCAAGAGGAAAAACCAUGCUUAUAUAUAUUCUUAGAUGCUGUAACCACUUCGGUUACAAGCGUAGACCCCGUUUCAUCAUUACUGUUAUGUUCAUUGGUAAAGGAUUUGAUGGUAGAUGACCAUGUCUUGUAUGUGUUCUUCCCAAAAUGGAAACGUCUUCACCACAGGAAGUGGAAAUCAGAAAUGGCUCAGAAUUGAGUCAGAUAAAAGUCAACACUGAUAAAGCUGACUAGCUGGUGGACUACCGUGAGAAUCUUACAUUCAAGCAGACUGUAAUCGUGUGGCAGAUGUCUAAACAGCAGAACUGUGCUCCUUUCAAGAUAGGAAAACCUUUGGAAUGGGAAAUAUGCUUGUCGAGACUGGGACAAUAGACAAGACAAAAGAAUAACACAGGGAUCAUGGAAUCAACCAGCCAUAGUCCUGUAGACUCUAUAAAGAGCUUUUCCUUUUCUAAUAAAACAUGUUGAUGGUAUUUAUUGUGCUGGUGUAUGAGAUGAAUGUCAGGCCAUUCGCCAGUCAGUGGGAUGAAGCUUGUGCUUCAAGUGGGGCCAGCGACAAAGGGUAACUUGCUGGAUUCUGGGACUUGAAACAGACGUGUUUCCCCACAGUAGAAGAAAGUGGCUUUGCUCCAUGUGAACUUGACCUUGACCCUGAUCGUGGUGGCAAAGCCACCAGUUCUUCCUUUGAGCCUGAGGAUACAGUCAAGGAAAGAGGCCUGUGUUCUUUGCCAAGGGCCACAGUAUUCUGGCGUCGAUACGGCGAGUCACUAACUCUGAGCAAAUUACAAUUCUGCCUUCUGGGAGAAGCGAGGAACCCAGCAACCCUCUGGUUUUGCUGUAAAAAUAUGUUUAAAACGCCUGGUGUAAGAAGUAAACAUGUAAUUUGAAAGUGAUGGGUGGGACUCCUCUCAAUCUUGGCUCUCGAUUUGGUCUGUAAUCUAGCAAGUGAUGCCUCAAGCUCAGCCAGACGAGACUCGUGCUCAUGUGUCUUUAUGAUGUCUGUGGUCCCCAUUUCGGCCUCCUGACUCCGAUAUACAAGAUGAUGGAGGUGACAUCACCCUCGUUAUGCAGACCAAAGCCAGCACACAACAAAGGGCAUGAGGAUUAGAGCCGAAACUAGGAGUCUCAUGAGUGUGCCACAUGCAGCCCAGCCCUGACAGGCUGAGCUUGGAGAACAUCAAUUUUGUACGUUUGGCAAAUUAGUUGUACAAAACUAUUCAGUACCAUGUUGACAUUUAAGAUUGCAGGCAUGGUUACAUAGAAAAAGAACUUAAGGUUUUAUGGUAUUGUAGCUAUUUUUAAAUGUGCACCUUACAAUGCUUUGAACAGUAACUCAUGCAUUUAUAAAUCUGGUGGCACAAAAUGAACUGAAAUAACUUGGAUUCCUUUGUGGCUGAGAAAGUAAUUAAUUACUUAGGCUACAUGCUAGGUAUGAUCAUCCUUAACAUGCUUGUUUUAAAUUCAUUUCAGUACAGUUGUUCAUGUAGGAGACAUUAUCUUCCUUCACAAUAGGCAUUUUAUUCAUGAAUAUAACAAUAUGGAAAUAGGAGUUUUAGAAGAAAACGCUCACAAGACCUUUGUUUACAGAAUGUUUUGUCGGGCAUUUUUGUACUAGAAAAUCAUUUUGCAGUUUUUAAAAAUGUCUUCAUACUUUAUAUAAGCAAAGCAACAGAAACACAUUUUAAUUACUUUUUUAAAAGGAUAUUAAAAAGGACACAGACCCCGUUGAUUGAUUUUGGACAAAGUAUAUGAACAUUGCAAGCAACUGUUAGACACUGAACAGAAUGCCACAAAUAAAGAACUCAAAAGUCUGAAAACUAAUCAUUUUAAUGAAUAAAAGACUGUAUAGUGUGGUUUCCUCGUUGUGGAAGUUCCUUUACACAAACACAGCUUGGACUUUGCCUAAUGCAGCUUUGUCACGCUGUCAAACCUAUUCCAUUUAAAAAGGAGGACAAAAAAAAAAAAAAAAAAAAAAA